AUGUCGACCGUGCUCUUUCGUCAAUACUAUUCUGCCGGUGCUCGAAUUAUCGAUUGUUACCCGCUUUGUGACUCUGAUUCCCUUUUGCACGUGCGCGAUAACUCGCGGGCUAUCUGCCCAAGGAAGAACCAUGGCUACACACUCGAGUCCGCUGGCAUCACCUCCACAAUUUACAAAUCCGUGGAAGAAGCCAUCCAUCAGAUCAUCACAGCAGGCAGGAGAAGCUCCCGACGGGCGGAUUGCGCAUACACUGACAGCGUGUACCAGGUGCCGACAGUUGCGAAGCGAAAAUCUAGGUGCGAUCCUGGUAUUCCAAGAUGUUCCCCAUGCGAACGCAGUAACGCCAAGUGCGUAUACUACGAUUCCGCCCGCAAGUGCACCAUACCGAGAACAUACAUUGUCUCCCUGCGUGAAAAAGCUCGCAUGUUAGAGAAAGAAUUGGCCGAUCUGGAGAAAGAUAUUCAACAUGCUGCGGAUGCCGAGCUCAUGGUCCGGGGGGCGGGGCGCAUCCGAUUCAAAGAGAAUGAUGAGUCGAGGUAUCUUGGGCCAUCCAGCGGUAUCGCAAUCACUCGUUUGGUCAUGGAGAUGGCCAAGCAGAACACAGACUCAAAGAGCAUCAAGGAUGUUGUUCCUGAGUUCACAGCACAGGAAAUCAAAGCAGCAUUUGCGCAAGAAAGCUCUAAACCGACAUCGAAAGUUUACCCCAUGAUCAGCUCGAUCCCUCAACCUAAUUUACCCCCGCGUAAUCUGACUUAUCGACUGAUUGAUGUAUUUGUAGUCAAGGCGCAAGCCAUGCUACCGACACUGCACGAGCCUUCUUUUCGCCAGGAGGUUGAACAGGUCUUCAAUGGCUCUGAUGACCCUUGCCUUAAUUUUCAACUUCGCAUGGUCAUUGCCAUCAGCAUGCAAAAAAUGAGCACCGAGUAUGCAGGACUGGCUGACAGUUACUACUUGGCGGCACUACCAUACUUAGAGGCCUCCCUUAGGCGAAUGGAUCUUAGGGCUCUGCAAUGCCUCGUCCUCAUAGCCCAAUACUCUCUGCUGACUCCCACAAGAACGGCUGCGUACUGGGUUGUUGGGAUGGCGGUCAAACUCUGUCAAGACCUCGGUCUGACCGAAGAAGCGACCGUCACCAAGUCGCCUGAUGGGAGGCCAUUGAACCCGUUGGAGGUAGACAUGCGAAGACGGUUAUUCUGGAUUGUCACCUCGAUGGAACUCGGGCUCUCGCAUAGCCUUGGUCGGCCCAGUUGCUAUUCUAUCCCCCAUGAUUAUAUCAACGUCAAAUUCUUCGAACUCGUGGACGAUCGAUACAUCACAGCCGAUGGAAUUCUUCCAGGGGAGAUACGGCGGACUCUCUAUUUGAACAAGCGUGACACCCCUGCGAAUGAUCAAGACCCGUGGUUCUCGCAGAUGCUAGCCAAGCUUGACCAUUGGGUGGCUUCUUGUCCUAAAAACGAUGGCGGUAGCGGAUUGAGCGAAAAAUGGUUUCAUGGCAGACGAAAUACGAUGAUCGUCUUCAUGUUCCGACCAUCCCCUCAAGUUCCCGAACCCUCUGUUGAUGCUGCACGAAAAUGCUAUGAAGCGUCAGUGUUCAAUGUUGCAAUGCAACGAGAGCAAAUCGCAACUGGGUCUGUUGAUUUGACCUGGAUUUUCACACAAUCGCUCUUUAUGGCGCUCAAUACCAUUCUGUGGUCCCUAUCAUACCCCGAUAUUCGAAGGGAGCAUCCCAUAGAGGAGGUUAGGGCUCAUCUCGACGUCGCCUUGGAAGCGAUGAUGCUUGCUGCAGAGAGGUGGCCCGGGGUUGAAUCCGCUUUACUGCUGUACAAAAGUCUUGUGACUGCAUGCCUCAAGGCUUAUAAUACUGACGAAUCGUUCGUCGUUCAAUCGCCCUCCAACCAUGCCACACCGUCAUCCACACAGGACGUGACGACUCCUCCUUCCAUCUCCAGCCCCUCUAGUACGACAACAUCAUUCCGAGCUGGAAAUCAUUCAAUUCAUGAUACCGUGUCAGUCGGCACUGUCUCAAGAGGACAAUCCGCGGACCCGACUUUCCCAUACUCACAAGCAUCUCCGGCGGCAGCCGUGAGAGCCGAGCCACAAAAGCCUCCAUCCUACUCACAUUGGGAGACUGAAUUCCCUUCAUUGCAACCCUCUGUCUCGAAUUCCGCACGGACCUCAUACACACCUCAGGGGUAUACCGAAUCAUCCACCGUAUUCUCCGAUGCCACUUUCAAUCCCACAACACCAUUUAAUUCUUUUCCUUCAGUAGUCCCGGGGUUGCCGGGUUGGGAUCCUAAUUUCACUGUUGCCUCGACGACAGCGAGCCAUUUGGCCUACGUUGAUGCUGUCAUUGACCCAAUGCGCUGGAUGGACACGAUCGAUGAUCAAUAUUCUCAGUAUUUCAAUGGAGCUUUUCCCAUUCCACCAUGGCGAGGAAGGACGCUCAGUCAGCAAGAGCAGAUCGAGCUUAUGGCAUCCUUGGAGGAAAAUAUCCCCGACGUCUCCGCACAACUUACUCCGACAUCUCCUCCGUUGAUGUCGGUAAGCGCUCAGAACUAUGCCACCAAUAUCGCAUCCUCCCAACCUCCCGGCCAGGCGACAUCACAACCCGCGAACCUUUCAUCCCCUCCUUCCUCAGCUCCGAUGUCUACGCAGACCUCACAACAACCGACCCUAGGCACAACGAAUUCUUUUCCUACUCCGGCCAGCAGCGUGAGCGGCCACUUCACGGGACCGACUCUCGUGGACGAUUCAGAGCACCCGGGGACAUCAUUUGAGCAUGUGCAAGCAGACUCAGUCGCAACUACCGCCACUGGCCUACAUUCAGCAUCUACACAACAGUCACAGCACAGACGGACCGAUCACGAUCGGGAUUUGGGAGGGCCGACUCCAGGGAUAGAUGUCCGCGAUUUUGCAAGCAUGGGCGGCCAACAUGCGCGCAUCGAUGCAGAUGCCAUGGAUAUUGACAAGGGCGUCAUCGCUUCUGCCAAGUCUGAUGGACUGAGCUUAGAGUCCCUGCAGCAGGAUUUCUCUUCCGCAUUCCAUCUUUGCAAAAGCUCCCAUAUUGCGACCGGCCCGGACCCGGCGCUAGAUCUCAUCUCACUUUACGGUCUAGGUCCGGUUGCGAAAUCGGUUGCAAGGAUGGAUCCUGUCACGGGGGAGAAGAUCAACAGGCUCAGGAAGUCUUAUGAGGGCAAGCUGAAGGGGUUGGGGCUCGCAGGGAGGAACAAACCUGUGAAGCACGAACCUUCUGCUCCUGGCGGGCUCCGACAUCUGACCAUAUGGCCCGAGGAGGAAUGGCAGAAUCAGAAGGUUCAUGGAAAGGAAAUCAAGGUCGCUGAUAUGGAUUCCGCAUUACAUAACCUUCAGAUGAAGGCGAUGCACAUGGAGCCGGGCACAGUUCCAAACAAUGAAUACUGGGAGGACGUGUUGGGUCACGAGAAGCCAUCGAAACAUGCAGGCCAUGGGGACGGAAAGAAAGCAGCUGCGCUUCCUAGUAACGCCCGAUCGCCUAGCCAAGUGAAUGAUACACCUCUUUCUACGGAGCCGGAACGGGCUCGCCCUAGUCGCGGGCGCAAGCGGCAUUAUGACGACAACAGCUUCGUCGGGUAUGGCGAAGGCUACGCCGAUGACGAUGAUGACGCCGCAUUCUAUUCCAACAGUGAAGGGAUUGGAAAGAAAAAACGAAAGAAGGAUCAUGUUUCAAAGGUUUCGACUCCGCUGCCCGAUAGAGGCGGUAGCUACGGCGUCGGUAUGUUUGGCAUUGGAGCGAGGUAA